AUGCCCAUCGUACAAUUUGCGCUGUUCUCAUCUCUCGUCCAACUGGCAUUCUGGCUCGCGCACACGGACUUCAGGAUCGAUGUGCUCUCUGACAACGCCGUAACGACCCAUGGCCUGUAUGCGGACGGUCGAUCCGUCAAGGAUUGCGAGUCUGGCGCUGAAAUAGCGCUCGGAUCUCAUUCAGCAUUGGUGACUGGCGUGUUCAAGAACUACAACACCGUCGAACACUUAAAAGCAGCAGACAAGACCGCGCUAUUUGCCCAAGUGACGGACGAGUACUGCUAUUGUCACCAGGCCACCAAGGCUGCGCGAGCAUUGCCAGAGAGACUACAGACCUCGUACUCCUCGAGUCUUCUGCCGCGGUACGGCGUCCGCGACCGUGAUGGCGCAACUUGA